UAAAAAUGAAAAGAUUGAAGCUAUUAUCAAUAAUAGUUGGAAUAAUGCUUUGGAUUACAAAAGCAGAAGGUGAGACACAGAGACAAGAGUUUGAGAAGAGAGGUAUGCAAGAGACUUGAAGCAAUCAGAGGAGUAUGAAUAUCGGCAUAGAUGAUUUUGAGAGAAAGCUGAUGAAAGUAAAGGACUAUACAGAUUGAAAUAUCCUUGAUGCACAUCUCGGAGAUAGUGGAGACAUUUAUAUUAGCGGCUAUGGCUCUAGUGAAACAAGUGAAUUCUUUAUCUUGAGAAGCAGCGAAGAUUUCGAUAUGAGGUGGAUGAGAGUAGACGGAAAUCGGAAGCUGUAUAUGUCAGUCGAUCCUAAUGAACAGAGGGUCUUCAUUGCUGAGCAUUCAACUAGUUAUAUAGAAUUAGAAGAGAUUCCAGCAGGAACUGGAGCUACAGGCUCUAGAUAUAAUGUUGAUAAUCAUCAAAAUGAUGUACAUCUUUGAGGAAUGACUUUCGAGCCUGGUACCAGUUCACCAUUAUAUAUUGGGUCCAAUUCUUUAACCUCAAGUCCAGACAUAUGGUCUAAAACUCCUGGGUCAAUCUCUUCAAGAAUAUAUAACUUUGGAAACAAUGAAAAGUUUGGAAAAAUGGCUUACACUUCAAUCGGGGCCUUAUUGCUUCACCAGCAAGUGAACCAGGACUUGUAUAUGUCCCUUCUGUAUCUAACUCCAACAACUGAGAGCAGAAACCUUCAUUAUUUUGUGAAAUAUAUUUGCCCAAUUGGCCACUCAUGUUCGAAUGAUUUUGAAGGGUCUCAUGUUCUUGUAAACCCUUCUAAUAGUUCAGAUGGAUAUGCUUUACUUGAGUAUUCAGACGAUACAGAUAAAAUCACAUAUUUUAUAUUUGUCAGAAUGGACCUUUCGAGUAGAGCACUUAUUAAAGAAUAUGCAGUGGCAAAUUCUACUAUCCAGGGUUUUUAUAGUAUGAGACUUUAUCAAGAUAAUAUGUACUUCUUAGUCUCUGUUAAAACGGCAUCAGGAAAUAUUGGAAACGAGCUUCUUAUUUUUGAUACAACUUCAACCUCUACACCAUUUAAUAGUCUUCAUCAAUGUUGGAAUAGUAAUGAUGCAACGACUACUUGCCAAAGCCAGUACUCUACCACCGCUACUUUCAUUGCAAACCAAGGCCUACUGACCCAAAUGGUAAUAAACAAAGGAGCCUUCAUAUUCUUUGGGAAGUAUAAAGGAAGCUGAGUCAGAAUCAAAGCCAGUGAUCUCGUUUCCCUCCAAAACACCCAAGACUGGGACAACAAGGCUUCCUCCACUACAUAUUUCACUGAUGUCUCCUCUCUGACUUCCUUCCCCUUUGGCUGAGGAAACAGUUCUACAGCUGUCAAGGCAAACAAUGGUUAUGGCUGGUUUACCGGAGCAUCUUUUGUUACUGUUGAGCAGAACCAGAGUAGUAUCAUUGGUCAAGAUCAGGAUUUUGCUGUGGAAUCGAGCUUAAGUAUUGAUUUUAACAAAGGAGAGGAAGGAAUACAAAAUUCAAGCAUCACAUGAGGGCAAUAUGAUAUAUUCAGAUUCCGAUACAGCAUCACCAGCGUUAGUGACUCCGAAGUGUACAACCUGAUAAAAAUUGACCCAUAUACUGGUCAAAUUUCCUUUACCUCCACUGAUUAUGGAACAGAAGAUAGACAUUUCACUGCAAUCAUAACUAUAAGCUCGCCUUAUUUUGGAGAUGGGAUAAUUAUCACCAUUCCAAUCACAGUAUCUGAGGAACAUGAGUUCACUAAGCAACUAGAAGAACAGCAAAGAGUAUUUCGUAUAGCUUUAGGAAUAUCUCUUGCUGUUGGAAGCAUCUCUGCAUUCAUGCCAAAAUCUGAAUUUAAGGUCUUUGGAUGAUUAUUAAUCAGUAUCAGCUUUUGAUGCUCCUUACAAUGAUCGACACUGCUAUACAUCCUGAUAUUAGGAGGGUUAUAUAUUCUGCUAGUUUCAUAGCUUUAAAUUUUGAAGAAUUAAACAUCACAAAUGCUCUUGGAAUUGAUGAAGAGCUGAAUAAAAUGGAAAGGAAUCAUACUAACCAAGAUUGAAUGAACUAGGUUUUCCAAUUCUCUCUUCAUUCGUGACCAACAUAAAUGUGUUCCUUUCUUUGACCCUUACCUUAAUUCUACACAUUUUUGCCACAAUCUGCCUAUGCAUAAUCAGGACAUCAAUCAAAGAGUGUAAAAUAGACAAUGAAAUAAGAAGGUUGGA